CCAAUUAUCCAGGCUAUCCAGUAGCCCUCCGUCGCGCUUCAUUGCACAAAACAUCUCAAGCAUGUCCUCCGUCAAGGUCGAAUACGACUCGAAGAACAUGAGGUUCCGGAGGCUUGGCCCUACAGGCCUCCGUGUUCCCGUGUUCUCUCUGGGAGGCUGGUUGACCCUAGGCGGCACAGUCGUCGGUGAUCCCGUCAAGGAUAUCAUCAAGAUAGCUUACGAACAUGGCGUCAACAUGUUUGACACUGCUGAAGGUUAUGCAGAUGGAAACUCUGAGCUAGAGAUGGGGAGAGUCAUCAAGGAGCUCGGACUGCGUCGCACGGAUCUCAUCAUCUCGACCAAGAUAUAUGCAGGAACCCGCAAGAACAACCCGAACGGGACUGGUCUCUCGAGGAAGCAUAUCAUCGAGGGAACGAAGGCCUCCUUAGAACGCCUUGGAAUGGAUUAUGUCGACGUGAUAUUUGCCCACCGACCUGAUUCCACCGUGCCUAUGGAAGAAAUCGUUCGUGCCUUCAACUUCGUGAUCGACCAGGGCUGGGCAUUCUAUUGGGCGACGUCGGAGUGGUCUGCCCGUGAGAUCGAGGAGGCAUAUCAUGUCGCUGAUAAGUUGGGUUUGAGUGGGCCUGUUGCUGAGCAAUGCCAACAUCACAUGUUCCACCGAGAGCGUCCUGAGAAGGAGUACGCGCCCCUCUACGAGAAAUACAAGAUCGGCACCACAGUAUGGUCUCCGCUUGCCAGUGGACUCUUGACGGGGAAGUACAACAACGGCAUUCCCGAGGGCUCGCGACUCGCGAACCACAAGGACUUUUUCAAGAACACGCUUGAUAACUUGUUGAACGACGAAGACGGCAAGAAGAAGCUUUCCAAAGUCCGCGCCCUGUCGGAGCUCGCCGAGAAAGAGCUGGGCUGCUCGAUAACGCACCUCGCCCUGGCGUGGCUCGCGGCGAACCCGAACACGAGCACCAUCAUCCUGGGCGCCUCGAAGCCGGAGCAGGUCGUCGACAACCUGAAGGCCCUCGACGUCAUCCCCAAGCUCACGCCAGAGAUCCUGGAAAAGAUCGACCGGAUCCUGGAGAACAAGCCUGAGCCUGUGCCGGCGUUUUCGCGGCCGGCGUUGGACCCAUAUGGGAGGAAAUGAGAACACGUCGCGUCGCGAUGAGGCGUUUGAGGAGAUGUACACUAUUAUGCAUUAGCGAAUCAGAUCGUAGAUUCGACGUGUG